AUGUGGCCCUCCGGUGCCGGGGGAAUGUGGGUUUGCGGUGUAGGGCUGUGCAUGGCAGUGGAGUCCACCGGGGCCUGCAUGAUGGAGGAAAAUGGUGGCAGCGGGGAGGGUGAGUGUGGGAAGUUGAUCUGUGUGAUCGGGAUGGGUCUCGAGGGUAUGGUGGUGGUGAUGAUGGUGGAGGGCGGCACGGAGGAGGAGAACAUGGGCACGGGUGGAGGCACAGAUGGGAAAAUCGGUGGCGCCGCGGGCGGUGCCGACGUGACGACGCCGGACGCCGUGAGGAGUGGCACACAACCGGAAAGGGCAGCAGCGAUGACAUCAGAGGAGGCGGGCGGGGGAGGUGGGAGGGAGACGUUUGGUGGUAUGGCUGGCACAAGGGCAGCGGAUGUGGCUGCCGGUGCGGGUGUGCCGGAGGUGGGCGGAACAGUGGUGGAUGAGGGCACGGACACCGACGGAGUCCCAGAACCAGAGGACAUCUCUGAUACCAGGUUGGUAUGGCGCACCUUACUGCGGAGGAAGUAUGGAGGGGAGAAGGCGUGCCGUGGCUUGGCAGGGCAGCGGCGCGACGGCGCCGUGCUGUAG